CUGGGACAGUAUCGGUCAAUAGGCAGAUUAGGUUAAGCCUCCUGUUUCUGGCCUUUCCUUUUCGUCAGCCCUGUCGCCAGUGGGCGAAUCUCCGUCUUGAUGCGCCCUGGUUGGUUGUGGAACGGGCUCAUUUAAGAUGGCCCGCAAUCCACCGACGAGCUUUACCUGAGGGAGGUGCCCGGGCCAUCACUUCGGGACACGUUGUCAUCAGGGUCGGUCGCCCUCGAGCCUUCUCGCCCGCCUUGUGAAUCUCGCCAUAGUUUCAUCGUGUGAGUAUCCCGUCGCUUUUCGGCGGUUUCAAAGAAGUCGGGGAACUCUCGACGAGCUCGACUCGACUUGAGGAAGGAUUUCGGGCUGUCCUUGUGCUUCGCACCUUCUCGACGGGCUUUCUCCUUCGAGCUCCUGACCUUCGAGGGUUGAUGAAAUCGUGGAGGAUGGAACCUUCGUGUCGAGGGAGGUGCUGUGCGGCACGAAGCGAGAGUGGGAUCUUUAUUCCGAGGUUUUAGCUCAGCCGAGGCGGACUCAGCGAAGCUCACAAGAGAGAGAGAGAGAGAGAGAGAGAGAGGGAGGGAGGGAGAGAGCCACCAGCCAAAAGCAGAUCGUAAGCGCUGAAGGAGGCGUUUUGUCCUCCAUUAGUGUGUCGACGAGUGAUACAUGAAUCUGAGACCAGAUAUAGCUCCCAUCCUGGCCAGUCCUUGACCGUACGAUGUAACACCCCCAUCAUAGGGAGGAUGAUGGACGCAUUCGUGAGUAGUUUGGAGGCUGUCAAUGUUAUCCAAGCCCAAAGGCACUUUCUCGGCAGUGCUUUCCAGAGUUUUACAGCUCACCUGCCAAACCUACUGCUGACGACUUUGUUCGUUUCCCAAAUUGAAGGCCACAUCUGUGGCGCUCACAAAAUCGUCAUCCUUUCGGUAGGUGCGGACAGAAUCGUUCAAGAAAAUGAUUCAACUGAUUUGUGUAGACCCGGGAAUGUGGACAGCAAGUUCGUUCAAGUGAGCCUACCUCGGCCGGCAGUCACAAUCGGAAGUGGUGCCCGAACGAUGAAGAAGUCCUUCAGCAGAACAAAAGAAACUCCUUUGCUUGAAGUUGGGCCGUUCGGCAAUCGUGAAGAAAAUCGUCGAGUUGUUUCAACCGCGAGAAAAGUUUUAGGGUUUCUCGGUAAACUGUAGCGGGCGAGAAUGGUGGACGCCUUCUCACAGUUCUCACUGCGCGGGCGCUCUACGGCUUCGGCACGUGAUUGUUCAGGAGCAAACGGCAUCCAAAUUCCAGCCAACGGCCUCUCGCCUCUGUUCUGUCGUGGAACCGUCCCCCGGUCAGGUCUUUCAUGGUCAUGCGAUUCAGAUUCCACCUAUGACACAUCGUCGGGUCUACUUAGAUUUUCGGCACAUGAGCCCGUUUGUGCGGUUUUUCUAGACAGGCAUCUUCUUUUGACCCGGGGGGCCCGGUCAUAUCUCCGGUCGUACCCUCUGGCCUUCGCAGGAAUCAACGGUGAAAUACGAGAAGUACCGAUACGAGUCCGUACCGAAGCAUCAGUUGACGACUACGGAUUCAUCGGCCAUUAAGUUGGCCGUUGAUUCUGAACAUCGGAUCUCUGGAGGGUUUCACCCUACGCAUUCCUAACUGUCGAUUCAAGGUGAUCGGGCGUAGUACAGCCGGUGCACUCUUGAUCUGCGCCGACUGUGCGGAGUCUAGUACUGCGACUGCAACCAAUCCUACAGCCGUAGUUCGAACGUACCUGCAGGGAAGCGCAGUUUUGUGUUCGUCCCGUUGUGGACAACGUCGCUGGAUAAAGAUUUAGAAUUUUUAGAAACACACCAAGAUUGAAAACACAUUUAAGCAUACAUUGAAUUAUAUACAAAAGACUUUGUGUUGACAUGUCGCAUUGUGACACUAUUGGUUCAAUGCUAGCCUUAUGUCGACACUCUGUGUCAUCGUAGGAUGUAAAUUCCACGAGAUUCUCAUACCAAUCUUCCUCAACGAAUCAGCCAACUAAGCUUUACUCAAUCUUGUCUACAAAUGACAUUCAAUCAACUUUUCGAAAUAAAUGUAAUCAUAUCCA